AUGACUGAUCCAAGUUCGCCCAUAAUUGAUUUUUAUCUGAUUGAUUUUGAAGUAGAUAUGAACGGAAAGAGAUUUUCUUGGCAGGGGAUAGCCAAACUGCCCUUCAUUGAUGAAGCUAGGUUGCUGUCUGAGAUUGAAAAAGUCGAGCAUACUUUGACGCCUGAAGAAGCAAGACGAAACAGUACAAUGUACAAUAUGCUUUUUGUGAAUAGCUUGCACCCAAUUGCGCCUUAUAUCUAUUCUCUCAGCAGCAAAUUCGGACAUCUGCCCAAUAAUGAGCGAAAUGAAAUUAAAGAGCCACUCAAGCCUUCUGCCAGUGGAGGAAUGAGUGGUUACAUCUCACUUUGUGGUGGGGAUCCAAGUCCACCUGUCUUCAGAUCUCAUGUCGGUGGACUGGAGGAUAUUAUGGACAAUCAAGUGAUAUGCUCAAUUUACAAGCUUCCAGAUCCUCAUAAGCACAUAGCGCGUCCACCUGCUGGUGUCAUCAUGCCCAAGAAGAUUGUUGAAGCUGGUGAUCUGAAACCACCGCCUGUGCUGUGGCAUGAAGACAGUGGCAGGAGGCCUUAUGAUGAUAACAGGAGGCAUUGUGAUAAUAGCAGCAGGCAAAACCCUGCAGGAUCGACACAGGGACGCCAACUAGGGGAGGCCGCACACCGACUAGUUGCAAACAGCUUGAAUAUUCGCGGCGGCGGGCAUUACCCCCCUGUUAGGCCAUAUCAAACUAUAAUGAGUGGUCUGCAUUAUCCAAAUGGAAUGCCAGCAUGGAUGGAGCAGCCUGCUGGACGUAGUCCUGCUUGGCAUGUUCCUCCUGGUGAUAAUCUACCCAACAAUCAGGUAUCGGCCUAUGCGCUGCCAUCAGGAUCAGGCCAUCAGUAUACAAGAGAUAAUCGCGGAAGGCACCAACCAUACGCAAGAGACAGCCACAGCGAUUCAAGAGGAGCGGGCCAGCAUCCAUCUCGAUACCAUCAGAAUAGUAGCAGCAAUGCAUAUUCAUCGCAUCCUGCUCCUCCAUCAUCAGGUUUUGGACGAUACGGGCAACCCCCAUCGUAUGCUGGGGACUACCAGCCUGCGCCGUAUGCAGGAGCCCAGCAGUGGCAGCAGCAGCAACAACCUCAUGGUUCCUAUUCUGGAGGCCGGGCGCUUCCUGCAAGACCUAAUUCACGACCGCAGCAGUCACAGAACUCCUACGGCAGCUUAGAUAGGACUUUAGACAGGAGACCACCAGGCCAGGGGUUUACUACUUACUAG